AUCCUAGUUAAGGGAGGGGUGGGCAUCUCACAGGUCCUGUCACAACAGGUUUGCAGAUCUGGGGAAAAGGCAAAUCAGAUGGCACCCACAGUACUGUAAAAUGUAUCUAAGCAUUUGCAGUCAUUCCCAACGGAAUACUUUGUGCGGUGGAUCCCUGGUUUCAUCCUCCAUCUCACUGCUUCUCUCAAUAUAUAUUCUCCGAUGCUUCUUCACUUCUGCAAUCAGUGCACACAAGGUGAGUGUGUGUGAAAUUUGCAGGACAGAAGAGAGUAUUAACCUCGCUUUUCAGUUAUGAGUAUCGCAAUUAAUGCACGGGAAUGGUGGGCACUAAGGAGGCACGACAUGGUCGUGGCUUCUACUCUUCCUCCACCCAACAACCCCAAUGCCAUUGCCCAGUGCAGAGCAAAGCAAUGCUCACAAGAUGGAGUGAAAGCAGGGGCAAAGGCAGCAGCAAUUGCAUUUGUCGCCUCUGCAAUCCCUGUGUUGAUGGGAGCACGGGCCAUUCCCUGGGCAAGGGCAAAUCUCAACUAUGCAGCUCAAGCACAUAUCAUCUCUCUAGUUAGUGGGGCAGCUUAUUUCAUCGUGGCAGACAAAACUAUUUUGGCUUCUGCCCGGAAAAACUCCUUUGAAAAAUUGGGUGCUAUGGAAGCAUUAUCCUUGUAAAUGCCAUGUAUAAGUUUAGUCCAGUCGUGGCUAAUGGCUAUUGUAUAAAGCACGUGGAUCGUUGAGAAUGGCUGGAUGGUUUUCAUCACCUAUUUUAUUGUUGCUCUUUUGUCACUAUAUAUGUCAAAUGUUGGGAUGAGCCUUCAAGUAUCGAUUUUAAAGUUGUGUUUUCAA